AUGCAAUCACCAGCUGAUGAAGAUACAUUGAGGCUGUGUCUCUCAAAUAUUAUCGACGCAAUUGAUAAAUGUAUUCAAAAGUUAAAAGAUCAAAGACGGGCACCAACAACAACGGAGAUACAGCAGCAACCACCAUUCGAUAACUUGAACGACGAUGACAUCUUCUCUACAAAGGGCUCUCGGAGUACGGACAUCGGUAAAGUCACAUUAGAUGGUGUGGAAAACGAGCUCCUCGAUUCAUUGACAGAAGAUAUCGAGACUGAACUGGGCGAAUGUCUCCCAGACCUGACACCAAUAUGUUUUAAUUCUUUUACCGAUUUUCUACAUCAAUAUGACUAUGAUCGAGAGAGGCAGAAAUUUUCUUCCACAUUGGCAAAAAAUGCAAUUAGUUCAAUGAAACAAGAAUUGAAAGGAUUAUUAGCAUCCAACGCAGCCUUUUUAGCUGCCUCAACUGGCAAACAGGCUAUUGUCAAGAGCUUUAUUCAAGAAUAUCCGACCUUUAAGGACAAUCCAAGUUUAUGGGGAACCACACUGCUUUACACAGCUGCGCUGAACGACCAGUUUGAGAUGGUUAAAUAUCUGGUAGAAAAAGCUCGUUGUGCAGUAAACGCCAGGAAUUGGCAUAACGGGAAUAUCGAUCGAUCACCAUCGGCUGCCAACACAAAAAAUCCAAUGCCCGGUGCGACUGCUCUUCAUGUUGCCUGUUCUAAUGAUCAUUUAGCAAUUGUCAAAUAUCUUGUCGCGGAAAAAAAUGCCGAUUAUUUUAUUAAGAACCAAGCAAAUAAAACACCAAUUGAAUACGGUGAACAACACUCGGAUGUCAAACAAUUUCUUCAAGAUUAUCUAAUCGUUAGUUGGUCCAGUUCAUUAUCAACUAAUCUACCACACAAGCCUAUACUAGACGAAGAUCGGCCACAACAAGAUUGUACUUGGGAAUAUAAAUCAUUGCAAAAACCUGAAUGGCACAAAUUUUCGUCCGAUGCAACUCAGAUAUUACAUCAGGCACUCAUUUCGACUAGAAAGUUUCAAGCUGAGGUUCAGUUAAAAACGCAAGAAGGCUUGUUUACUGUUUCAAUGACCAAAUUUCUUCGAUCAGACAAGACCGAUCCGGAUGCACAAGAAAAACAAGCAUGGAUCCGUUGUCGAGGUUCGAGUGUUCUCAAUUUUAACAUCGAUGCAAUCUGGCAGCUAAUGUUCAUACGAUAUCCUGAAGCGACGAAAAAAAUCACAUCCUUAUUGCACAUUACUCAUCUGACCACGAUCUUCGAUAGUAAGUUCAACAUCGAACUCGAUAAAUGGUACACGUGCGAUACAAGAACCAAUUUAUUGUUGAAUAAUUCAAUGAAUUUGCGUCGAAAGGUUAUUGCGACCGACAUUCCCCUUGGUAUGAAAGACGAGCCUCUCUAUUUCAACUUACAUACAUUUACAUUCGCGAAUGACGACAAAACAGUGGUUGGAUAUUUACGAUGGAUCCCAAAGUUGAUUUCAAACGAUGAGCGAAACAAGGACAGAAUUCGCGACAUUGAUAAUUUCCAGUCAACGGACAAUGUCAAACCAAUUCUGCUCACUACAGAGCGUUCGAUACAUGAAAUGACUGAUGAUGAGGAGGAGUUUACGGAUGAAGAAGUAGAUACGCAUGAUUAUGGCAAUGAUUUUGAUAAUGGUAAUGAAAAUGGUAAUCAUAGCCGUAACCGUAAUCGUAAUCAUACUCCAAAUGAAAAUGAUAAUUAUAGUGACAGUGAUAUUGAUAAUGACAAUGAUAAUAAUCGUAGUAGUGAUGAUGACAAUGAUAGUCACAAUCGUAAUCGUAAUCAUCAUCAUAAUGAAAAUGAUAAUGACAAUCAUUAUGAUACUGGCAAUGACAAUAGUAACGAGAAUGCGAGCAUGGCCACAAAAAAGAAGGUAUGUUUGCCAAGUGAAAGUUUUGCUGCAUCCAACCAAAAUAAGCAUAUACUCUUGUCCAGAGGUUUUUUGAUGGUUAAAAUACUCAAUCAGUUACGACAUGUAUGA